UAACUAUUAUCAAAGGAGAACAACCUUACCUUCUCUUAUCUGAAGUAGAUCAAGCAAGAUUACAUAUUACUAAAGAUAGACAAAAUAAGAUAGCCUUAAUCAAUAACAAGCCUAUUAGUUACCAAGAAAUGGGAUCUGACACAGCUUAUAGGUGUAACAACCUAGCUCGUGAUGAACCUGCUCACUUAACCUUGAGAAACCAACCCCCUUAUAUUUAUCUAAAUACCUCUCCAAACGAGACACCCCCUUAA